GCCCCUGAGUCACCGACUGCUCAUGUUUGGAUUCCCAUCACUCAAACCAUAUGGAGCGCAGGAGAAGGGAGUCACUGCCGUUUCAAGUUCUUCUUCAUCAGCGCUGUCCACUGGCACAAAGAACAACUCCAUCUGGAGGGAUUAUAAUUCACCUUUAAAUCGACCAUGAAACAUGAUCAAAUAAUCCAGAAACAUUUGUUUGGUUCCAAACUCGUGUUUGUCAAAAGAUGAGAAACAAAUUGACUUCAUAAACUUUCCAGAGAGACGUUGGACCAGUGGAGCAGAACAUGAAUACAACAGAGACAGGACACACCACGUCCAUCCCGCCCUCCUCAGCCCCUCCUCCUCCUCACUCGUAUCUGCACUUCUUCUCGGAGUACCUGGACAACUCUGUGAUUGUGGAUCAUUAUAAUUACACAGGCAAACUGAAGAACCGCUGUGACGGGCUGAAGCCGGAGAGCAUCGUCUUCUUGGUGGUGUGUCUGCUGAUUGUUCUGGAGAAUGCAGUGGUCCUUAUUGCCAUCUGGAGGAACAAAAAGUUCCACUUGCCCAUGUACUAUCUCCUGGGGAACCUGACCCUGUCGGACCUGUUGGCUGGAAUCACGUACAUGGCCAACAUCAUCAUGUCUGGACCUAACUCUCUAAAACUGACCCCUCUGCUGUGGUUCAUCAGAGAGGGAGGGGUCUUCAUCACCCUCACUGCCUCCGUCAUCAGUUUAUUGGCCAUUGCCAUUGAGCGCCAUGUUACUAUGGUAACCAUGAGACCGUACCACGGAGCAAAGAAAGGGCGGAUGCUCGCUCUCAUCGGAGCAAGUUGGGCACUUUCAGGGUUCUUGGGAGUCCUGCCCAUUCUGGGUUGGAACUGUAUGCACAGACUGGAGCAGUGCUCCACCGUCCUGCCCCUCUACUCCAAAAGCUACAUCCUCUUCUGCGUGUCUGUGUUCACCGCAGUCCUACUGGCCAUCGUGGUCCUGUAUAUAAGAGUUUUCCGUAUUGUACGUAACAACACACAGCGUCAAAGACUGACAUACACUGGGAGUGUCAGGAAAGGUUUAGCCCGAAAGUCACAGAAGUACAUCGCCCUCCUGAAGACCGUCACCAUCGUUUUGGGGGUCUUCAUCGCCUGCUGGAUGCCCCUCUUCAUCCUCCUGCUCCUGGAUUUUGUCUGCCCUACAGGCGGCUGCAGGGUGCUCUAUAAGGUGGAGUACUUCCUGGGAGUAGCUAUUGUCAACUCCCUCCUCAACCCCAUCAUCUACACCCUGACGAGUAAAGACAUGAGGCGGGCCAUCCUGAGGCUGCUCUGCAGACCGUGUCUCAUCACCAGUGACGGUCAGGUGAAGAAGCUGGGCAUGCCUUUCCUCGAGUGCAGCUUCAGUAAAACUGAAGUGGCAUCACAGAAGUUAGAGGGAGGCCUGGAGACCACCAUCUCCUCUGGGAAUCUCAGCCCACCUCCAAUAAAGACCCUCUACCCAAAACUGAUCAAGCCAUAAAACAACGUCAGAAGUAAAUGACUGAAGUAAAAGCCAAACACAUGAGCAGACCUGUGAAACAGUAAAACAGUGGACUGUGUAGUACAGAGAAUCUGUUCUGUACAAAGCUGCAGGUGACUCUACAACUUUGUAAAUAUUGAAUAAACUAACAUGCACUGAAAAUCAGUACCAAGCUAUGAAGUAAAGAAACUGCAUUUUUUCAUGAAACAGACCCAGGUCACUGGGCUGGUUCCUGGUGAACUAAAGUGUGGUUAUGUUUUCUGUAAGUGUCUUCUCUUCAUGUGUUGACACAGAGUGAAAGUGACAGUGUCCACCUGAUUAUCGCUGGCUCGAGUCCAUGGUGGGUCUUUGUCGCCUGUUUGUGGCUGUAGAAAAAUAACAGACAUGACAGAAAAAAUGUGUACAAUCUCAUUCCAGUUAAACGUUUGAAAUCACAAUUCUCCUUUGAAACUACGUUUGAAACACUGUGGAAAAGUGGCUUGGGGUUUUCCCAUUUCCUUAAAGGUCACAGUGAUCUCAGUAUUUAGCUCCAGUACUUCUGUUUUCAUCUGUGUCAAGUUAAAAUAAAGUCAUGAUUUCUUAUUUACGACAUAUUUCUGUUAAAUUAUUGUGUGAUCCACAGUGAUGCUAUUGUCCAGAUGGAACAUGUUCAUAUUAUACCAUCACUCAGUCUGAGAAAGCUGACCCACAGAGGCAGUGUACAGUGUUUUUAUCGUAUGUUACAGACUUUGUAUCUCAUCUGUUGUAAAAUGUCGUAGCAACAAAAUAUUGUUC